AGUGGGAGAGUGUCAGUCGGUCGAAUUGUGAAUACGCGGUGCCGCUCUCGGCACUUCAGUCGCAUCGAGCUACUCGUGGAACGCGUGUCGUGUUGUGCAUGCAUGCAUGCUUGCGUGCGGUUAAACGUGCGUGCAUGUGUGUGCUUAUUAUUGUGGUGUACCCGGAGUGGUCGCGUGUGCAUGUGUGCGGGUCAUAACACGGUGUUGCGCGGUCUCGACAGUGCAUGUCGUGAUUACUAUAGCCAUCGUCUCGUCUGUCCGUCCAUCGCGAUCACGCCAAAUGCACGUCUCGCGCUUCUCGAGAUCUUGCAGUAACACCCGUGGUUGUUGCUGUGCCGUUUGACAGCGCGGCCGAUUCGAAGAACGAAGAGGAAAGGGGAAGGAAGCCGCGUCUAGUCCCGCGGUUGAUGACUCUUCGAACGAUCGUACCGAAUACGCGACAACGAAGGAGGAGAAAGAGGAAUUGAAUCGUCUCGUUGCUCGUGCUGCGUCUCUUUCUCUCUGUUCUUCUUGCGCUUCAGAGCACGAUUUACGGAACUUACCACCAAUCUUUUUCGCACAGUUUCCGCUCCCGGUUUCUCUUUCUUUCGCUUUUGCUUUUCUUUACCGAUUCAUCUCGCCGAUUUGGCCAUUUUGCCAAAAUGAAAAUAAUUCAGAGGUAUCGUCGUGCGAUUCUGGCACCUGUAUCGAUCGUGAUAUUAUUAUGCGGUUGUACCGAUCUCGUGUCAUCUCGAUCGCCACGUUUUGCCGAACAUCCGAAAAAUGAUAGCGAUUUCGUGUCCGUUGAUUGUGAACGUGUUAAGCCGUUUUUCGAGAGCAAGAAUAUCACGAUCUUGGUUGAUAGGAAGCAAGCUACAGCAGAAGACAUCGCAAAAACAACUUGUAACGGCAUGUGCUGCGACCGGGACACCGAAGAACAGUUAAGACAUCAAGCCAGGGCAGAUUUCCACGACUUGAUCCAUCAUCACAGCAGAAGUUUGCAAGGCCUUUUGGCUACAACGGCGGACGCGUUAAGGGAAACGGUGACGAUGCUCGCGAGACAGUCGGAGAACAAAACUUUAACACUGUUCGAUCAAGUGUAUCGGACGAUGGCGGUAUCGAGCAGGCCCUCGAUAAAAGCCCUGUACCAGGCGAUGGUCGAUUACGUGUCACCGAGCAACACGCCGGACAGUUUGCAGCAACCGUUGACGCGGGACAUGCUUCAAGAAAGGUUCAUCGAGUUCUUCGCCAAAUUGUUCCCGAUCGCGUAUCACGGCGCCGUGAAUCCCCGCCAAUACGAGCAAGAUUUCACGGAGAAGUUCAAGACGUGCCUGUACGAGACGAUGGAACAGAUCCAACCGUUCGGCGACAUACCGGUCCAGGUCGCGAAAUCGGUCUCGAAAAGCCUGGAGGCGACCCGGGUCCUGGUCCAGGCGUUGACACUCGGCAAAACGGUGCUGGACAGGACCGACAGCGUGCUGUUCUCCGGCACAAGCCCCCAGCAGGAGGCCUGCUACGCCGCCCUCCUCAGGAUGACCUAUUGUCCAAGGUGCAAGGGCAUCGGUCCCUCCGUCAGGCCCUGCAGUGGAUUCUGCACCAAUGUCAUGAGAGGUUGCCUGACGCAGCCAGCAUCCGAGCUGGACCUGGCUUGGUCCGGUUACGUGGAAACAGUGGAGAGGCUCGUGGUGGCGGUCGACGGUCGUAACGAUCCGUUGGGCCUGAAUGCCGAGAGGGCUGUCAGACAAUUGGACACCCGCAUUUCGGACGCCAUUAUGCACGCAAUGACGGACGGACCGGCGCUCGAGGAAAAGGUGAGGAAGGUGUGCGGCCGCUCGGAGCUGGAGCCAUCGCCGUCGAGCGAGAGGAGCGUCGCGGACGCAGCCGGUGGAACGGGGAAAUCGUCGUCCUCGUCCUCGUCGUCGGGCGGGAUCGAGAUGCACGCAGCUGCCGCUGCGCCGCCCAGCCGGACCUUGCCGUCCCAGUUGCACGUGCAGCUCGGCAAUUUCCUGGCAAGCGUGGUCAGGUCUCGCACCUUCUACGGCACCCUGGCCGACACGAUCUGCGAGGAGUAUCCGGACAAACGGUGCUGGAACGGCGAACGAGUCGGGGAGUACACGAAGACAGUGGCGGACUCGAGUUUGACGGCGCAGAGGUACAACCCGGAGUUCACCGUGACGACGAUGUCGCCGACGACGGCUUCCUACGGCAACGCGAACACCAGCGUGCUCAUUGACCAAUUGAGGCACAUUAAUCAGAUAUUGCAGUCUCAGUUGGCGUCUGCGCCCGACAGCGGAACGUUGCUCGGUGACGAGGCAUUGGACGGUUCUGGUAGCGGCGACCGGCCUAUAUGGAAUAAGAAAAACAAAGACGAGGAUAUAGAUAACGACGACGAGGACGUGCACGGUUACGACCACGACGACGAGGAGGCGUCUGGAUCCGGAAUGGGACCCACCACACCUGAUCCAAUGCUGAAGACGAAUCACGAGAAUCCGGUGACGGCCGGCGCUGGAUCGAGCAUCAUCCUGCUUUCGUCCAUCGUUUCGAUGGCGAUUGGCUGUUGUGCACCGUUGUUGAUCGCUUAAGUUGCGGAGCGUGGACGUGGAAAGAAGGGAACGAUUCGUAGCCGCGAUCUACUAGGAUAACACGUAGAGAGAGAGAGAGCGAGAGAGCGAGAGAGAGAGCAAGAGAGAGAGAGAGCGAUUUUUAGUGCCCGCGUCGGGGAAUAGGAUGAUCCUACUCGACACGAGGGAUGGAUCGAUCCGAUUCCGAAUCUUACGAAAUCUGCUUUAUAGUUUGUAUAUCUGUGCCGCCUGACCGGGACAAAGCGAGCAAAACUGUCCGGGAAACUAUAUAUAUAUAUAUAUAUAUAUAUAACGGGGGAUUAAUCUGUUUCGUUGUUCGUGACUCGGAAGAAAUAUCGAAUGCGUGCCGAUCGAUCGGUCGAUCUGUUCGAUCGAUCGAGCGAGCGAACGAACGAACGAAUCAAGACUGUGUUUUUUUUAUUCCAAGUUUGAGAGAAAGAGAGAGAGAGUGAGAGAGAGAGAGAGUGAUCCAUUUUUGGACGAUCGAGCAUACGACGAAGAUAUUUUUUUCCCAGAGGAGGAUGAUGAUGAUGAUGAUCGUUCCACGCAUAGAGAGAAAGAAACCAGAGUGUUGCUCAGUAGCUAGCUCUCAGUGGCUCGGUGUUGAAUAGCCGGAAGCGAAAGUGCACGAUGGGAUCGCGUCCUGUGUUCGAACGAUCGAGAAUGAAGAGAAUUGAUGGGAAGAGGUCGAAGGAACGAGGAACGAGGACGUCUACUUGCAAAGUAGGAGGACGAAGAGAAGAGAAGAAUUGUAAUUUAGUUAGUGUUAGAGCGGAAAAUUCUGUGUCCGGAGGGAAUUGAAAAAUAUUCGGUCGGGAAUGCCGAUGCGAAAAAUAUACGCGGAGAUUAUUAUAUCCAUAUUCCUGUUUUACGAUGGCCAUUCUCGACGAGAAAAUUAUUAUUAUUAUUAUUAUUAUUAUUAUUAUUAAUAUUAAUUAUUAUUAUUAUUAUUAUUAAUUAUUAUUAAUAUUAUUAUUAUUAUUAAUUAUUAUUAUUAUUAUUAUUAUUAUUACUAUUAUUAUUAUUACGUUGCGAAAAAGCCGAGCAGCGCAAUUUUGUUUUGUUUCUCGCGGCGAGAAGGAAGUUGACCCGUUUUGUACUAAAUUGGUGGGGAUAAUCCACGCACAAGGGACAUUACGGCCUGUGGAAAAUCGGAUUUGAAAGGAAGGAAAGAUGGAAAAGGAAUAGUAAUUUUACGAUAGACGAGAGGAGAGAGAGAGAGAGAGAGAUUAAUUACCUUGUACUUUUUUUUAUUUAUGCGAUAUCAUAGUGAAAAUCAUGUUUGGAAAAAAAAAAAUAAAAAGCGAAUUGAGCGAAACACGAGGUAAUAAAUGUAUAAACGUACGUUUAAUUCGCAUAAUUCUACGAGAAACAAUUAUAUUCAGAGAGAGAGAGAGAGAGAGAGCGUGAAGACACACAGAGACGAGAAUAUGGAUAAAUGUUUCUUUCUCGCCAUAAUAUCGAAAAAAUGAAAGGGACAAAAUAUUUAUACUGUACUGUACUACGAAACAGGAUCAAAGAUGUAUUCCUUUCUGAAAGUACGACGAUUUUAACAACAACAACAACAGCAGCAGCAGCAUCAGCAGCAGCAACAGCAACGAACAGCAAUAAUAAGUAAACGCCGCGAAGAGAUUUCUCGCUUUUAGCGAUUCCAAGUGUAUGGUUUCGCGACGAGCGAAGCCUUAAGAAAAAAAAAAAAGAAAAAAGAAAAAAAAAACAACCGUGACUUCGAUCCUUGUGCCUCGCGUUUUGCACUGUUCUUCGUCACGCACGAAUUACCUCUCGUUCGCGGUGACGCUUUUUUUGUCGCCGAUGCCGAUACACGAACUAUAAUGACGGGUAUGAAAUUAUUCCCGUCCAGUGAUAUCGCGUGUGCAUGCCAUAUAACGAAGCUAACUGCCAAAAUGCCAGUUGCGCGACCAAAGGUGUUUUUCUUCUCGCUUCGAACGAGGUCGCCACUUGUCUUUCGGACAUAUAUACGAUCGAAAUACUUCUUUCGUUCUCGAUCGCAUCCAAACAAUCGUUACAUCGUUCAAGGAUAAUUUCUACGCGAAUCUGGAGGAAGAAUUUGCCAAAUGGAUUUUUCUUUUCUUUUUUUUUUUUUUUUUUUUUUUUUUUUUUUUUUUUUUUUUUUUUUUUUUAAAUCGUACGCUGUGAACGACUCGAUCGGACGAAAUUUGUGUGUGCAAGAUUGGAUGGUUCGAGCGAAUCAAGAAUCUCGUUCUUGGACGUCUAAUCGUUGAAAAGUGUGUUUACGACGAAUAGUGUUUCGAAUUCAAAUUCCUGGGAAACAUUGGGUUUCUCGUAUUCGAUGCGUAACGAUAAAGGCGAUCGAUUCGAUGGUACUGCUACUUCGAGAAAGCGAAGAGGUUAGGUUACGUUUGUAGUCGAGAGUUUGUACACGUGCCAUAAUUUUUUAUCGUGUCAUCGUUCAGAUCGACUGUUUUUUUUUUUUUUUUUUUCGAAAUUUCAUUCAAUACCUUGUUUGGUAUUUAGUAAGAGUGUUUUCAAGUGCCAAAAAAAAGAAAAAUCGCGUCAACGUUUUAGACGUCUAAGCUUCGAAGCGAACUUCGAUUUUGGCGGUUUGCUUUUCGAUUAAGAAAAAAAAACGACUUACGGCGAGCGUCGAGUAAGUAUUCGUGCGUCAAUUAAUCGCAAAGUGAAAUUAUCGGAUAUUUUUAAUAUUUUUACGCUUGUUAAAUUAAAAUUAUCGUAUUUUUCCCGAAUCGAUAUAUUCGUCCUUUUUUUCUUUCGCGUGCGAUCGGACGGCGGUAUUUCACGCCGUGAUUAAUUAUCGCACGAAUUAUUUCUCUAGGCCUGGCUAGCUAGCCGUGAUAGACUAUAGCGUGUAACAAAGUGUGUAGGAAGAGCGAUGGAGACGGGAAUCUGUCGGUGUAACCUCGUAUGCGUCGACUCUCGUAUACACGGCCACACUGAUUUUGUACAUUUGAUUUCUCGGAUCUUUGAGGGUUAGUGCCUUUUUCCAAUAUCCCUAUGGCCGUGACGUCGUAGACAUCAUCUCACGCCCGACAGAAGGAAACAAGAAGAGAGCGCCAAAUCGUCGAUAUAAAUAAAAAAAGAAAAAAGGAAAAAGAAAAAAAAAAAAACUGUACAGGGCAUUUCAUUCUGCUGAAGAAGAAAGAACGACCUGUGUGAGCGCGUGUGAGCGACUUUCUUCUUUCCCUCCCUUUUUUCCCUAAUUUUUUGUAACGCCUCUCUCCUGUAAAAGAAAUUCGAAUUAAACCUCUCCGUGGCGAGAUGAAUCCAUUUUGAAGAAACA